GUUCCGCACGUUGACACUACCGAGAACGAAAACACAGAGGAGAAAGAAACCGAGUAGACUCGUGAAAUUACUAGAUACUGGGCAGCAGCGUCGGACUACGGGCUGUGCUUUUGACGCGUAUUUUCCUGUUGUUUUAUUUAUUUCAGUGAUUAAGAAGUGAAGCGUUAACGUGUUUAUCAAGACCAAAUAUUUAUUGCUGCUGUUGUUGCUGCAUUACUGUCGUUUAAUAUAUCUACAGAAGCAGCGAUGCAGUCCUUUAGCAGCGCUUCGUCCUGGCAGUCCCUCGAUUCGCUGUCAUCCAGCCACAGCUUCCUGUUCAGCGAGACCGAGGACGAGACCGACGUCUUCCUGUCUGAGGGCGAGGGAGACGGCUGUGGGGGCGUCGGGCUGGACAGCGCGAAGGGACGUCUGGCCCCUGGGGUGUUCGGCGGCCUAGCGGGGAGUCCGCUGAAGAGGGACCUAGCGGGACGGCGCCCCGGCACCCCCAGGGUGAUACUGGUGUCCCCGCGCGGGGGUGUGAAGCCUGGGGGGCAGGGACAGACGGAGGGGGACUUUGCCUUCGCUCAGAAGUGUGCUGAGCUCCAGGGAUUUGUUAGGCCGCUGCGGGAGCUUCUGAACGGCCUUAAAAGGGGGAAAUAUGACAGAGGUCUCAGCAGUUUCCAGCAGAGCGUUGCCAUGGACAGAAUCCAGAGGAUUGUGGGAGUUCUGCAGAACCCCAGCAUGGGGGAGAGGCACCUCCACACCCUUCUGCAAGUGGAGAUGAUGCUGAAACUCUGGUUCCCACAGGUGUCCCCCGCCCCCACUCCCCCCGCCUCGCUGCCCAUCCUGACGGAGAAUGUCCCGCGCAGCGGCGCUUCACGGUGGCGCAGGGACCAGCUGAACAUCCCAAUGAAGAAGCGGAGGCUCAGCUGGACGGCUCUGGACAGCACAGCUCAGCCGCCCCCCCCCUGCAAGCGGCUCCAGCAGGAGAGGCCGGAGGCCACAGAGAGAGGACCCGCAGGGCCGGAGGAGCGAGGGAGGCACUGUGAAAAGGAGGCCCUGGGAGAUCAUUUGAGCUCCAAGUUGACACCUGUCCCACUCCCCUCUGAAGACACCGCUGGGGGCAGAGCCGAAAACAGCUCCCCCUCUGUCGCCCCUGCGGGAAGCCCCGCCACACAGGAGGCCUACGUCUCGUCCACCACCCCGCUCUCCCCGACGCUCGACGCCGCCCCUCCGAAACCCCAGCCGACGCGGUGCCAGAGCGAGCCCGUCGCCGCGGAGACGGAGGGCGGGCGGGGCUGGCCGUCGGAGACGUCUCAGAGGCGGAGCCUUUCUCCUCCGCGUCUGACGAAGAACGUUAAAACUCCGGAGCAGUGACGCGUAGCUCAGCCCUCACCACGCACAGAACGACUGACCGCACGCAAGCUCCCUUUCCUCGGCUGGCUGUGUGUGCGCACACCGCACCGGAUCUCUCCGGACUUCUUUUUUACCCAUAUUUUUCAUAUUUUCUCCCCUGUAUUUCUGCCUUUUUGUGGGAUGUUUUUUUUUUGUACUCCAUAGGUUCAAGGACCACAAAUGAAGCAUAUAUAUAAUUUAUUAACAAACAGUAUUUUGAACUGUGAUUCUCAGCUUUUGCGAAACAAAAACUGAAAGAAUGGUAUUUAUUCAACAUAUUUUUUUUUUGUAAACAUUUUUUAAUCUCCGAGCAUUUUCAUCCGAUGUGGAAUGACUGGUCAUAUUCAUAUUCAUAAUUCAUAUGGGAGUCUCUUGGUUCCAGUUUUACUCCAUCAGUGUGAUGGCCUGGUGCUGCUUCUUUUCUGCAGUCCGUUAGCUAGCGCUGCGCAGUCACGGUACUGCACGCGCAGUCAGGCUGCAAUGCUCCGAUUGGGCAGAGGGGGCGCCCCUGUGCCGCAAGCGUCGUGGGCAGCAGACUGAAGACCGAGCCCCGGAGUGGAAGGGAAGCGCGAAUGACCUGAGCCUCGAGCUACGGACGAGACGCAGGAUGAAGCAGAACCACCGGCCCGUUUUACGCCGAAGCUGUGCGCUCCGGCCUCCGCGCUUCGAGAGUUCGAGGUUCUUUCGUUUCCUCCCUGAAGCCUGGGGGGCGGUGAACUAGAAAACUUAACACAGACAGAUUAGCAAACGAGCUAAUUAACAUAGCUCAGUAACAUUCGAUUUUACAAAGGUACAUUAAACUGCCUGCGAAGAGUUCUAUUCACGUGGCCUGUGGUUGGCUGUGCACCUGCUGCCUUCCAGGCAUCACUGAGGGAAGGAAAGUACCAUGGGCACUUCUAGAAAUGUCAGCCAGUGCCCCCCCCCCCCCCCCUUCACUGUUUCCUGAAAUUUCCCUGGGGGAGACACCAGACAAGCAGAAAAAAACAGACAAGCCAAAGGUUGUUGAUGGAGCCCAUGAGCGGCAAGCUCAGCCUUGGGCGACUGUAAUGCCAGGAAAACUACGAACCGAACCGAUGUUUUCCAUUUGUUUUUACCCGCUUAUGGAUUGGACCUUUGCAAUGAUCUGUUACUUGAAUUUAUUUUAUUUAUUUGGUGACUGGAGACUUUUACAGUUGGCUCUCUAACCACUUUGAUGUAUGGGGAAAGAGUGCAACUAUAAGUGCUUGCACAAGGUGGUGAGAAAUAACAGGAUUACCCUGCUGUAAAAUCCAGUAUGCCGGCUUGACCAGCUUGAAUAUUGAGCUGGUCAUUGUCAUAAGCUGGGUAUGAGCUGGUCAACCAGCAUGGCCAAGCUGGUCAUAAAGCUGGACUAGCUGGGUAUGAGCUGAUCAACCAGCUACCAGGUGUUUCAAAACAUAGCUUGAGCUGCUCAAACCAUGUUAAGCUGAGAGCUGGUCUGACUUGGUGUUGACCAAGUCAACUGUUUCAAAACCUAGCUUGAGCUGUUUUUUCCAGCAGGGUAAUUAGGAGCAUUGAUCUGGGUUGGGUUCAAAUAAAUUUUAAUUCAAUUCAUGAUUUUAAAAAUGUUCUUUGGGCAGUUUAAAUUUUCUGAAUUGAAUUUCAAUUAAUUUCUCGAAUCGACUGAAUUGAAAGGGAAUUGACAUGAACCGUGUUCUUGGAAUCCCUGUGCCUUGAAUCAAAUGAGAAAUAUACAAAGAUGAUCUACUUGUAUGGUUUGGCUUGUUUACUUGUUUUUCAGAAGACUAAACCGUAGCUUGUUUGGGACUGCAGAACAUUUUUGGAGUAAAAACGCUUGUGCUAUUAUUUUGUAUCUGUUCUGCGGUCUCUUGCUGUACACUAGACUGUUCACACAUCUCAGACAGAGACUGUCUACAGAUAGUGCCAAAACAGAUUGUGGACUCCUGCAACUUCACAAGUCAUAAACUUCUGCCGACUCAUGGGCUUUGUUGUAUAUGACAUGAUUCCAAGCCGUCAUGGUGUGCAAAACUCUUUUUUUUAACAUGAAGGUCAUUAUCUCCAGAGAACGUUUAAAUAACUGUAAAAAAUAAAAGAAGGGAAUAUUUCAGAUAAUAUGUGAAGCAGGUGAAAAUAUAAAUGACAUUUUUUGGCCUUUCAGGAGCUCAGUCUGCAGAGCUGGUUGGUCAGAGUUCAGCCUGCUCCCUUUAUGCCAGUUUGAGUCUGCCCAAUGUUACUAUCGCCUGAACUAUGCAGUAGAAAGGGCUUUCUCGCACUGCGGUUCGCCAUUGAGAUAUGUGAGAAUGAGAGAACUUCCACUGACUGCUUCCAUGGGUAACAGUUAAGCAGCUUAAUUCAUGGAGGCGGCCAUGUUUGACUUUGGGGCACACUGGCUACCUAAACAUGAUGGAAUGCAUAAGAAAUGAAAAGGAAAAAGAAAAAGCUCAGAAAAAGAAAUAGAUUCCUGGAGAGUAAUUUGUUCAGUGUGAAGAAAUUUUAUAAUUUAAUAUCUCUUGUCCAGAAUGGUAUACUUUUGCCAGGGUGCAUUCAUGGUUUUAACUUAAAUAUGAAAAUUAGCUUAAUAUUCAUAUUGAAGGCUUAAUAAACUGCAAUACCUCUGGUAACCACUGGAGUUUGCAAGCUUCUGGGGGAAUGUCACUCUCUGGCUCUAUGCUCCCGGGUCCCCUGGUCCCCCGCCCACUAGCUGUUCCUCAGGCAACUGAGAGGUGCUCCUCUCCUCUGAUUGGUCCCAGCUGUCUAGUAGUAGUGUGGAGAACAGCCAUUGGCUUGUGAGUCGUUAGCAGUGCUCCCCGUGGAGAUGCAGGUGACACAACAGUGAUAUAAACACGUAGGAUUGGGGGGGGGAUGCUAGAACUUAGUGACAUCAUUGCCCAGUUUCAAAUGUUAAUCAUGAGUUGGAAUUUGAUUUUGAAACAGACUAUCAGGACAGCCUGUAGUAUUAAAUGUAGUAUUGAUAUAUUAACAUAUAAAUUAUGACACAUAUAUUAAUUAGAUGUAUUAUCACAAGCUUUGAGCAGCAUUUUUCUAAACAUCUUCAUUCUUCUGAUACAAAUGUACUUGUGAAAAAUCUGAAAGGAUAGACUCCAGCUGAUAUCUGUGAUACGUAAACGUUUGUAUUGGUGAUAUGAGGGUAACCUUAACUAGAGCAGGGAAGUCAAGGCAACGAUGAUGAACAAUAAAUUAAUGUCUGAAAAAUGUAAUCGAUAGACCGCCCUAGUUAACGAAUGUACAAAUACGUACCAAGCUGUGAAUAUGGAAAGUGCACUAAAGAUGCAGAACCACUUGAGUGGUGUGUUAGGAUGUUUUUUAUGUGUAUAUUAUUUUAUUAUAUAUAAUUUUUUAUGGACACUACAUGACUGCACAGGUCACUUGCUUUUAUUCUUUUUUUGUAUCUGUUAUGGAUUGUGCCUGGAAAAAGACCAGGUUUGUGGGUUGCAAUUUGCUGCCUUUUUCAUGAUGUAUAUCUCACUACAGAUGUCUCAGUUCUCUCUCCUUCCCUCUUCAUCUUUUCCACACCGUUCUUCCGAGGCCAAAAUUGGCCGUUGGUUGAAAGAAAACCACGAAAGCCAGCAGACACUGUGGUGAUUUGAUACUGGAGAUGUACAACCAUGGAAUAAAAGUGAUUUAAUAAA